AAUGAGCCACACCCAAACCAGGCGUGGCUCGUUGUCUCAUAAAAUGGCUCGUUUCUUUGGAGCCAGAUUUUACUGUACAAACUACAUAAGAACAGUGGAUUAUGAUAGGGUGAGGUUGAUAGAAAUAAACAGACCGUCAGUGAGGAAUGCAGUCAACGAUACAACAGCUAAAGAGCUAUUCACUGCAUUCAAGGACUUUGAAAAGAACCCAGCUCUCUCUGUGGGUAUAUUGGCGGGAAAUGGUGGGAACUUUUGCUCGGGCUAUGACUUAAAGGAAUUAGCUUCAAAGGAUGAGGCACCAGCUUUGUCUUCUCCUUUUUCAGUCUCCAGCCCUGCACCAAUGGGGCCCACUCGUUUGUGUCUCAGUAAACCUGUCAUAGCUUGCUUGACUGGUUAUGCAGUGGCUGGUGGACUAGAGCUAGCUCUAUGGUGUGACUUAAGGAUAGCUGAAUCAAAUGUCAUACUAGGAAUGUUCAAUAGAAGAUUUGGUGUACCAUUGAUUGAUGGAGGGACUGUGAGACUACCAGCAUUGAUUGGUCUCUCAAGAGCUCUUGAUCUCAUACUAACUGUAAGAGAAGUAGCUGCAAAGGAAGCUCACGAUAUAGGUCUAGUAAAUCAAAUCGUACCAGUUGGAAAAGGUUUAGAAGAAGCUCUUAAACUUGCUCAACAAAUUGCGUCAUUCCCUCAGGAUUGCUUGCUGCAUGACAGACAGUCAGCCAUGCAGGCAUCACUUGGUCAAGCAAACAAUUUGAAAUUUGAAUAUGAAACUGCUGAGGGAUUAAUAAAAGAUGCUGUAAAAGGAGCAAGGAAAUUCUCACAAGGAUUUGGAAGAUCGGGAAAAAGAAUUCAUUAAAAUCAACAAUCAAAAUAAUAAUCAACAACUAUAAAAUACAAAAUCGACAAUAAAAUA